AGCCCUGGGGUCCCUCACCUUUCCCCCCUUCACAUGUGGCAGUUCUUGUUUUGCAGGUGCAGCCGGGUGUGUAGCAACAUUGCUCCACGAUGCAGCCAUGAACCCUGCUGAAGUGGUCAAGCAGAGGAUGCAGAUGUAUAACUCGCCUUACCAGCGUGUGAUGGACUGUGUGCGGGCUGUGUGGCACAACGAAGGGGCUGGAGCUUUCUACCGUAGCUACACCACCCAGCUCACCAUGAACAUCCCCUUCCAAGCCAUUCACUUCAUGACCUACGAGUUCUUGCAAGAGCAGCUCAACCCCCACAGACAGUACAACCCAGGCUCCCAUGUGGUCUCUGGAGCCUGCGCGGGGGCUGUGGCUGCCGCUGCCACCACACCUUUGGACGUUUGCAAAACGUUGCUCAACACCCAGGAGUCCCUGGCCUUGAGUUCCAACAUCAGUGGACACAUCACAGGCAUGGCUAAUGCCUUCAGGACGGUGUACCAAGUGGGCGGUGUGACUGCCUACUUCAGAGGGGUCCAGGCAAGAGUCAUUUAUCAGAUGCCCUCAACGGCUAUUGCGUGGUCCGUGUACGAGUUCUUCAAAUACAUCCUCACCAAGCGCCAGGAGGAGCGUCGGGCUGCAAAGUGAACCAGAGCCAAAUGCCAUUCCAGACCUGUCUCACAUCCACUCCUGGUCUGUCUUCUGACCUCUCUCUUUUGGUUUGGUUUGUGUAGAAGAGAGGGGGCACUAAAGCCCUUCAGGGUUCAGUGAUGCCAUUUUUUGCCUGUGGCUGUUGCAGCUCUGCUUAGGCUGCACACCUUGCUCUCUCCUAGGAUCCUCCGAGAUGUCCUGCUGGGAGCUGCAGUCUGGGUCAUGUCCCCCUGGCACUUUGCUGGAGCUGUGCUCCUGUCCUUCCCUAACCACAACGUCUCGCAAAACUCACCUCUCCUCAGAGGGGGAGAUGAAUGUCCUGCCCUGCUUCUGGCAGGGCCAAGCUGAGCUCACAGUCGCCAAGGAGAGGGUGAUGGCAGGAUGCUGGGGGCUUUGUCUGGCUCUUAGCUGAAGCAAAUUGUAAGCCUUGGCCGUUGUCUUGUAGCACGCACAUGUAAUGCUGAUUGCCCAGGUGGUGGUGGUGGGCAAGGGGGAGGAUAGCACUUGAGAAGGGGAGCCUGUAGGUUUGUUUUUGUUCCUGCUCUUGACACCUCAAAUAAAAACAAUUCUGCUCUA